AUGCGCAUUCAAGGUCGCAUACAAUACCAGGGCAGUUCGCCAGAUCGGAUUUCCCAGACCAUGGCCAGUCACUUGAGCCACGAUGAGUUCUUCGGCAAGUUAGGCGAACUGUUCGAGCAGCGCAAGAGCAAAGGCCGCGGCUCAAUCUUUCUCGUCCAGAAGAGACUCACCUACGGCCAAGACGUUCCCGAGCCGACCGCCACCGAACCGUUCCCCGAUCUACAUCCUGCGAGGCCUUUGCCUAUUAUUGUGCGCGCCACCAAUGGCAAGUCAAAAAAGAACAGGGACUCGAAGAUCAAGUUGUCAACGGUCGUCGAGGUAGAGACACUGGAUACUUUUUAUGCGCGCUACGCCGACAUCUGCAAGGGCGGUAUGGUGGCUUUGAAGCCAAGGGACAGGAGCAAGAAGAAGGCCAAGGCGCGGAAGAAGAAGGGAGGACCUGCUACCGCAACGGCUUCUUGA